AUGGACAGGCGUGACCACGGCGAGCUUACUGCGAUUCAGGGGCAUGCGCGCUUUUACGAGGCUGCCACGGCGGCACCGCUGAGCCCUUGGUCCAAGACGAGCCUGCAAUUGUACAUGAUCUUGUUGGUUGCGGCGUUGAACGCGACUGCAUCUGGUUUCGACGGCUCCAUUUUUAGCUCCAUCAACGCCAUGGACCAGUACAAGGCAUAUUUUCACCACACCGAACUCGGGUCUAGCACUGGCAUUAUCAUGAUGAUUUAUACCAUCGGAAACAUGGUUGGAUCUCUCUUCACCGGUCCAGUCUGCGAUCAGUUCGGUCGUCGAGCCGGCAUGAUGGUUGCAUCCCUACUGAUCAUGGUCGGUGCUUCUGUUCAAACCGCCGCCAGGAAUGACUCGUAUCUGCUCGGCGGUCGAUUUGUCCUCGGCUUCGGUGUGUCCAUUGGCACUUCUUCCGCUCCAACAUACGCUCUUGAGCUUGCACCUCCUCAGUGGCGUGCCCGCGUCGUUGGAUAUUACAAUACCUUCUUUUACACUGGUUCUAUCCUGGCGGCUGGAGUGGCAUAUGCCUCGAGCAAGAAUAGUACCGAGUUGUCCUUCCGCCUACCUCUCGGCCUCCAGCUUAUCCCCCCCCUGUUCAUCUUCACAGGCGCCAUCUUCGUCCCUGAAUCCCCUCGAUGGCUCACGAUGAAGGGGAAAAGAGACGCGGCUGCUGCAAUUUUGGCCAAGUACCACGGUGGCGGCGAUAUUCACCAUCCAAUGGUGCGUCUCGAGGUGCGCGAAUUCGAGCAAAGCAUCGAGCUGCAAAAGGCAUCUGGCGUAUGGAACUACUGGGCCCUUUUUCACACGCGCAACGCUCGCUGGAGGUUUGCCAUGAUGGCCUUCAUGUCUAUUUUCGCUCAGAUGGCAGGCAACUCCGUUCUGACUUACUAUCUUCCCUCCAUGUACAAGCUCCUCGGUAUCCAAACAACGGAGAAGCGUCUUCUUCUCACGUUUAUGAACUCCAUCGUCUCUUGCGCCGGCGCAGUGGCUGGAUCAGCAACCAAUGAUGGAAUCGGCCGACGGACCAAGCUCUGGGUUGGCAGCAUAGCCUUGGCCGGCCUCUUUGCUGGUGUCACCGGAUUCUCCAGCCACUUCGAGGACAAGACCAAACCAGUCAGCGCCGCCUUGUCCAACGGUGGUGUCGCUUUCAUAUUCCUCUUCGGUUGUGCUUAUUCCUUUGUCUACACUCCGUUGACGGCCACAUAUUGCGCCGAGGUCUUGGACACCGCCACCCGUGCCAAGGGAAUGGGCAUUCAUGUUAUCCUGUCCAACUGCGCAAACUUGUACAACACCUAUGUUACUGCUAUUGCGCUCGAAGCCAUUGACUGGCGCUACUACCUCAUCUUUGUCGGGCUCAAUCUUCUCUACGGCGUCGUUUGGUUUGCGUUUGGGGUUGAGACCCGUGGGCGCACUCUUGAAGAGAUGGACGAUGUGUUUAAUGCCAAAUUCCCUCCCCGUGCUGCGCUCAAGAAGGCAGUCAUGGUGCGACACGACGAUGGAAAGUUGCGCGGAAUGGAGGGGGGCGGGGGAGGGAACCAAGCUUGA